AUGGCACCCCAUAGAACACCCCAAACCAAACAUUCGAGCCCGCAGACUCGUUCAACACAUCAGAAAUCUGUCCCCAUAGUGAAAAGUAUACAAGAAAUUCCCCCGUUCCCGAAACUGCAUCCGAUCACAGUGCGAGGGGCAAAAACUUCAUCUACACCCAGACAACAUCCCUUUCAAGUUGAAGACCUGAAUUUCUCCAAUUUUCCUACUACAUCCACAACACUAGCUCCUUCGACAUCUCCCAUGAACACGUCCACUUCAGCUCCAGUCCCUAAGAAACCUCUACCAAAGCAGAAUGUCCCAUUACCACCAUCAGUACAAGUGCUUUCUACGCGCGAGGAAGAGGCGCUCGUUCCACCUCCACCCCCAAACGCACCUGUUGCUAUGAUGAAGAAAAUUAAAGCUCAAUCUACCGUCGAAGCGACUCCUAGCCAGAAAGGGCCCGUUGACUCAUCGUUAAGCGCCCGCACACCUCGUUCUACGAAAACGAAUAUCCAACCACGAGAUUUCCUUCAAGGGAUGCCUACGAGCAAGAAUGAGGCCCUCGACUCAUUGUCAGUCGACCAGACACUUUCUUCAAAGAAGAAAGCAUCACUUUCUCUACCUAAGGUGAUCCCCAAGCACCAGAGCAAAGCCGCAUCGUUAACACCAAAAUCACCUAAUCCACAGAAAAAAAUGGUUAACUCAUCUUCAGUCACAGUAGGUCCUAUUCUGGGAGAUAAAAGCAUAAAACAAACACCAGUAACUCCUGUUCCCCAAAAAAGUAUCGAGAAGCCACCUUUGGUUCCAGCGACUCCACCUCAGGACAGUUCAACAUCAAACAAACAUGCAACCCCUCAACAAAUCCCAUCACUUACCGGUGUAAAUUCUCGCAUAUUCUCCCCCACGCCACGUGAUGAGACAGUCACAUUGACAAUGCUACAGGGCUUACUUAUGGACCUCUUGGAGGGUCAGCAUCGAGUGGAGAGGAAGACCGAAGAAGUCUUGGAGAGUCAACAGCGACUGGAGAGGAUGACCAACUCCAAUUCUAACGACAUCAAACGUCUUCAACAGCAGUUGACUCGUAGUACCGACAAUCGUCCUGACUGUCUGCCUUUUCGAACAGUGGAAGACUUCAGAGCUUUCUAG